AUGGUUUCCCAAAAUUCGUCGGACUACUUUGAAGAGGAAGACUCUCAGUUCCUGAGGGCUCUGCAAGAGGCCACAUUACCUGGUGAUCUGCCGAAACCAGCACCUGAACCUCAAGAUGUCGACGAAGACGGUUCGGAUUCGGAUUCAUCUGAGGACCUUGCACCCCCACCUCCAGCUCAGCCGUAUCUAAAGCGUCGCUAUUCAGAUCUGGAGGAAGAAGAGAUACGAGAGGCAACGACUACCACAGCAGAAAAGGUUGCGAGCGAAGAUGCGGACAUCUAUGGACCUGCUCGCUUUGGAGGGUUUGGGCAGUACAUGCACCGGAAACGCGCCAAAUUGCAAAUCCAGAAUGAUUCGUUGAAAGGGAAAGAAGUAAAGGACGGAAUCUUCAAAGGGCUCGCGAUCUAUAUUAAUGGAUGGACGCAACCUUCAGUCCAGGACCUCAGACAAUUAAUAAUUCAACAUGGUGGUGUAUUUCAGCCUUACCUCGAUAAGAAGAGCAUCGUUACCCAUAUCAUUACUUGCUCGUUGACUCCUGCCAAGAUGAGGGAGUUCAAGCACAUGAAGGUUGUUCGACCGGAAUGGCUCGUGGAAAGUGCAAAGGCGGGAGGGCUCCUUCCCUGGCGCGAUUUCAUCUACAUUCCAGACGGGCGACCUGAGAGCUCUCAGGGCAGUAAACAAAGGGCACAAGGGCUGGGAGACCACGUCAAGCUCUCAGGUUCUUCUGGGUCGACCACAAAGGCUGCCAAAGCGCCAACGCCCAAGCCUGACCCGCUAUAUGUCACGGAUCCCAAAUCCAAGGAAGAGGCGGCUAGGGUGCCAGGGUAUGCUUCGGCAAUAUCCAAUCCUAACGCCCAACGUGCAAUGGCGAAUCCUGAGUGGAGGAAAGCCCACACAUCCGUUGCACCUGAUUUCAUCGAGGGCUACUACAGGAAUUCACGUCUUCAUCACCUCGCCACUUGGAAAGCCGAACUCAGAGAACUUGUGCAAGAAGCGCAAGAACGCGCCGAGUCCAACGGAGGCGCGAUCGCAGAAGGCGCUGUCGCGCACUUGGGGAAAGUCCCUUCCGAAAGGGGUGGGGUGAGCAUGCGGGGGGUGGAGUUUGUAAUGAAGUCCCCAGGUAGCAAGUCCAAGUGGAAAGGAAAGGGAAGGGCGGUAGAAGUACACGACCGCGUCAUCAUGCAUUGCGAUUUUGACUGCUUCUUCGUGGCAGCAGGCCUCGUCAGUCGACCGGAGCUGAAAGGCAAACCCGUGGUGGUUUGCCAUUCCCAAGGAAGCCAAGGAGGAGCAUCUAGUACCAGCGAGAUCGCUAGUUGCAGUUACGAGGCAAGGAAGUUUGGCGUCAAGAACGGGAUGAGCCUUCAACAAGCCCGCCAGUUAUGCCCCAUGAUCAUCACGAUACCUUAUGAAUUUGAACGAUAUAAACAAUUCUCUCUCCAAUUUUAUACCGUUUUGAUGUCACAUGCGGACGACCUGCAAGCUGUGUCUGUGGACGAAGCGAUAAUCGACGUGACGGAGGCUGUUUCACAACUACGCGCCAGAACGGAAGACCCAACCAUCGACGUCGCCAAGGAUUACGCGGAGACGAUCCGCGCAGCUGUCAGAAACGUGACCAGUUGUGAGAUCAGCAUCGGAAUUGCGCACAACAUUCUGUUGGCACGACUUGCGACUCGUAAAGCCAAGCCAGGAGGGUCUUACCACCUUCGUCCUGAAGAAGUACCUCAAUAUCUCGCCCCUCUCGAGAUCACGGACCUGCAUGGAUUUGGGUGGCAGACGAAGAAGAAAGCUCAAGAGAAGCUUGGUGCUACAUCGUUGGGUGAACUGACGAAGAAGAGCAAGGCGCAGCUUAUCGACGCCCUGGGGAGGGCGACUGGGGAAAAUCUGUAUAAUGCUCUCCGUGGUGUCGAUGAUCGCAAGCUAGAGUCGGACAAGCCCAGGAAGUCGGUGUCCUGCGAGAUCAACUAUGGUAUUCGAUUUGAGAAUAACGAACAGGCUGAAGAGUUUAUCCGCCAGAUGGCAGCGGAGGUCAAGAAACGGUUGGAUGCUGUCAACAUGGUCGGGCGGUCUGUUACCUUGAAGAUCAUGAAGCGAGACCCUUCUGCUCCAGCGGAGCCCGCAAAGUUCUUGGGACAUGGUCCUUGUGACGUAUUCAGCAAACAAGGCGCAUUGAUUGGUCCUGGAGGAAGAGCGACGAGUGACGACCAGAUCAUUGGCGACCAUGUGUGGAGGAUGUUGAAGUCUUUCAACUUUGACCCCAAGGAUCUCAGAGGAAUCGGCAUCCAAAUCCAGAAACUGGAAGCCCCCAACUCAGCCCCUCAGGUGCCACUUGGCCAGGCCAGGCUUCCCUUUCAGCGACGCAACGACGGCUCGAGGGCAGCAGGAACUUCGAAGGCUGGCGCCAACAGUAUUGGUGGCCACGCAGCUGUAGCGGUACAGGCGCCAAUAGGAGACCCGGUGAAGCCGUCGGUUGAAUCCAAUCAGAAUCAGAGAGCCUUCGACCUUCCCUCGUUCUCUCAAGUCGACAAGUCGGUUCUGGAGGCUCUUCCCCGUGAAAUCCGAGAAGAAUUGGAGAACGAAUACAGACGCCAACCGUCCACGCCAUUCGUUUCACAUUCUGGUCCCACCAACCAGCCUCCUGGCCUCCGACCUCCCCCUCGCGUCACAUUCGAGUCUGGUUUCCCAUCUCGGCGAUCCAAUACUCCCAAUAUUUUCCCGGAGAAACCUGGUGGUCCAGGAAACUACAAACGGAUCACGCAGCAGCUAGCUCCAAAGUCACGGUCGUCCAUCUCGCCCACCAAAAGCGCCCUGUUUGCGUUGUUGGAACGAAAUAUGCAGAAGAAGCAGAAGAAAAAAGUCCUUGCUCAGGUCACGGAUGCCAAACUGCGGGACUUGGGAAUCGACCCUGAAGUGUUCGCGGCGCUACCAAAAUCGAUUCAAGCGGAGCAACUUUCUCGAGCGAGGUUGAUCAAGGCGAAGGGAGAGCUACCGUCUCCGCCCUCUGAGCGCAAAGUGCUCAAGGCGAAGAGGCUCACUCUUCCCCCGGGUUUCAAGGUCUAUCGCGCACCUCCUCCGUAUGCUCGAUACCGUACCGUACCGACUCUCCGCCGACAUGGGAAAACCAAGAAGGAAAAGCUCGCUUUUACGGAUGCGUCUGACGUACAGAACGUUCUGGAGACGUGGGUUACAACUUAUCGACACUGGGCUCCGCGGCAGAAGGACGUGGACUACCUCUCCAAAUUCCUGUUGCAAUGUGUGGAUGGGAAUGUGGCUGCUGAUACUGGCCUUGAAACGGGAGUGUCUGUGAUGAAGUGGUGGUUGGUGUUGUUGAGGCGGUUUUGGCCAGGGUCGGAAUUGAUCGAGGAAGGAGAGCCUGAUGGGAGUCAGACGGAUAGGGUUGGGCAGGCGUGGUGGGAUACGUUUAGGGAGUUGAAGGAGAAGAUGGAUGUGGUUGUGAGGAAGAAGUUUGGGGGUUGUCUCUCGUUGAAGUGA